CAUGAUUUUGGAAUGAGAUGAUUUUGGAAUGAGAUCCAUGGGUGUUGUUGGAUCAACAUAAAGGGAGUGAUUGCUCAUCAUCCUUUUAUGUUUUAUGCUGAUUUGUGAAACCGUAAUUGCCCUAGGCAGGCAUAAUCAGGCCUACAGAAUUGAGCAAUAUGAAGUAUGCAUGAAUUCUGGAUAGCCCAUCAGUACACCCACAUAUGGGUGAACUAGACCUAGGCUAUACAGGCACGGCUCAUAUGAAAGCCACCACAAAUUGAAAUAUGAAAGCUGGUAACUUUAAGAUUGAGUUAUCAUAAUGAGAUUCUUGUGAUGGGAGUAAUUCUACAACAUUCCCUAAAAACAAGCUAUUUUAGGCAACUAGAAGUGAGCCCGGCAGAGAGAGCAAUAUUGAUUUCUCUCUCGCUCCCUCCUCAGGGGAAACCAUUGAAAGGAUUAUGUGUGAGAGCGUUUAUUUAGACUGUGGAGGAGAGUGGACUUGUUUAGCGCUUGGACUAAACGUAUCCGUUUAAAUUGAAGAGAAACUAAUCGAAACAAAGUAUUUGAAGACUUGUUAGUUGUUACGUUAAAUUAAUGAUAUAUCAGACAAGGAAACUCAGCUUGCACAUGGCACUGGAAAUUAAUCAAGUUGCCGAAUAGCGACGCACUUGCAUUUUUUUGCGAAAUUUCUGAAGACUAUAGCCUAAAAUACGCGGAAGGGGUUUUGUGAUGGAAGAAGGAUUUACUUAAUUUUAUACAAACACAUUUCUCUCUCCUGACUGACCUAUGCGAGCAUAUACAGAUGUUUAUAGACUUGAGCAAAGAACACUAGCAUUUUGGAGGAUUACCUUGACAAACAUACAACCUUCAUGAUGAAUCGGGCAUUCUGGGAUGUGAUCUUUCUCAUUACUGGGUCCCUCUUUACCUAUGGAACCGGACAGGAUAAUUCUACUAUUGCUACUAAUUCUACUAUGACCACCACCCCUCCUGUGAUUACUACCGCUAUAAACAUUAUGAUCUUUUCUACCACUACCAGCACCAUUACCACAACCAAACUUCCAGUUAAAAAGUUUGUGGCAGCAGCUGUUCGAUCACACUUCGAUGACUGUCCUGACUCGCACAGCCACUUCUGUUUCCAUGGCACCUGUCGUUUCCUGAUUCUGGAGGAGACGCCUGCAUGUGUGUGUCACCAAGGCUUUGUAGGGAUGCGAUGCGAGCACGCCGACCUGCUGGCCGUGGUGGCCACCAAUCACAGGCAACAGACAGUUGCCACGGCGCUAGUGCUGUGUGUGAUUGGCUGUGUCUUGACGAUGCUGCUCUGUACACUUUUACAUUGCUGGUGGAGGCGGGAUGGUUUGGGGCGGAGGCACAGACUCCACUGUGCCCCAGAGAAGCAAGGCAGUAGGCUGAAGGGCCGAGGUCCCUGCUGUCACUCUGAAAGUGUGGUUUGAGAGAGAAAACGCUGCUUGGAACGCCAGGGAUUUUCACGAUGGGUUGCCUUCUCUUCCCAUUUGUCCAUUCAACCCUAAUGCCUGCUGGGACUACUAUGGACUACACACAAGAUGGAAUCAGACACCCUGGCUAAUAACAUCCUCACAAGACUGAAAAGGGUAUCUUUAUUACCAGACCAAGGGAAGUUGAAUGUCAUAUUUGAUGUCAUAUUCUCCACAGACCGGGAUUUACAGAACAUCAGCACACUUGGAAUACUGUGAUCUCACUACUGUUGUAAUGCAUGGAGAGAAGAGAGGGAAACUGACCUGUCAGAAACACGGAACUCUCCGGAAGAUCUCUCUGGAACCUGACUUGAGGAGAUCCCCUCAGUGUGACAUAAUGACUGUAAUAAUAAUGAUGUCAAGGACAUGGUCGGGAACAUACAGCCCGUGCUGGACAUAACUAGACAAAAUACUUGCAGUCCUCUAAGGAUUUUGGAGCAGGAGAGCAUCUAUUUAUUUCAGAUUUGGAUUUGAGGGAUAACUUUGUUUAAUUCACUUGAAAUCAGAGGAACUCAAAAUUCUCUCUCUUUUUUCUCACUUUUAAAAAUCUACACAAGCUAAACACAGUAUAUAAUAAUCCAAAUUUAAACCACACAGAGAUUUUUAAGGUGGCGCAAGAGUGUUUAAGUUUCUGUUUUUCAGCAAGAGAUAUUGACAUGCCUCACCUGACAAAAAUGGGAGAUUCCCAGUAUCAAUGUCUUUUUAACCCCACUGUGGAUUAAGGACCAAUGGUGGGACUUGGACAUAGUAAUGGGAGAGAUUAUGUUUGGAUUAAAUACAUGCAAAAGAGUAGAUUUUAAGAGGACUGUGAAGCAUCCAAAGCAUUGCCAACCUAUAGUCCUUAGUAACUUGUAAAUCAAGUAAUAUACCACCAUAAAUUAGUAUUCCUGAUAUGAGUCUUGCAUUGCCAUUGCACCCCAGAUGUAGUGUUCGUUGUGUCUGUCCAUUCCUGCACAAAACCUGCAUUACAUUUAGGUUUCUAAGUGAGUGAUGCACAGACUUUGUUGUGUUCUAACACUUGUUUAAUGCACAUGCAUGCAGUGUUGGGGUAACACGUUACAAAAGUAACAUGCGAGGUAAUCAGAUUAUUUAAUGAGUAAUGGAGUUCAUGUUACUUUUUCAAACUGGGUAAUAUUAUGAUCUUGUCAAACUCGUGCGUUACUUUCAGAAUCAUAUCUCUACCGGGCACGUGUUUCCAUGAUCCGAUCUCGACUCGUUUCCUCAUUUAGUUCCCGACAGGCGGAGAAAGUCUGUUUGGAGAAAUCAUGACAGCUGCUGUCCAUAGAAAUAUAUAGAGGGCGCACAUCUGAUAUUUGCCAUUGAUCUGUUCCGUCUAGUGACAAGUGUGCCCUCUAUACAUCUCUAUGGGUCCGUGUAGCCGACAUGUGGUCUAUAACCAAAACUGGCGGCUUGAGAGAAAGAUUUUGAAUGAAAAGAUAGGAAACAUGUACAGAUAUUUGGCUUACAAUGCAUUCGGAAAGUAUUCAGACCCCUUUUUCUACAUUUUGUUAUGUGACAGCCUUAUUCUAAAAUUCAUUAAAUUGUUUUUUUUCCUCAUCAGUCUACACACAAUACCCCAUAAUGACAAAGCAAAAACAGGCUUUAAGAAAUGUUCAAUAAUUUAUUACAAAUAAACAACUGAAAUAUGACAUUGACAUAAGUAUUCAGACCCUUUACUUAGUACUUUGUUGAAGCACCUUUGGCAGCGAUUACAGCCUCAAGUCUUCUUGGGUAAGACUCUACAAGCGUGGCACACCUGUAUUUGGGGAGUUUCUCUCAUUCUUCUCUGCAGAUCCUCUCAAGUUCUGUCAGGAUGGAUGGGGAGCGUCGCUGCACAGCUAUUUUCAGGUCUCUCCAGAGAUGUUAGAUCGGGUUCAAGUCCGGGCUCUGGCUGGGCCACUCAAGGACAUUGAGACUUUUCCCGAAGCCACACCUGCGUUGUCUUGGCUGUGUGCUUAGGGUCGUUAUCCUGUUGGAAGGUGAAUCGUCGCCCCAGUCUGAGGUCCUGAGCGCUCUGGAGCAGGCUUUCAUCAAGGAUUUUCUAUACUUCGUUCAUCUUUCCCUUGAUCCUGACUAGUCUCCCAGUCCCUGCCACUGAAAAACAUCCCCACAGCAUGAUAUUCCAACCACCAUGAUUUACCGUAGGGAUGGUGCCAGGUUUACUUCAGACGUGACGCUUGGCUUUCAGGCCAAAGAGUUCAAUCUUGGUUUCAUCAGACCAGAGAAUCUUGUUUCUCAUGGUCUGAGAGUCCUUUAGGUGCCUUUUGGCAAACUCCUUUUGGCUGUCGUGUGCCUUUUUACUGAGGAGUGGCUUCCGUCUGGCCACUCUACCAUAAAGGCCUGAUUGGUGGAGUGCUGCAGAGAUGGUUGUCCUUCUGGAAGGUUCUCCUAUCUCCACAGAGGAGCUCUGUCAGAGUGACCAUCGGGUUCUUGGUCACCUCUUUCAUCAAGGCCCUUCUCCCCUGAUUGCUCAGUUUGACCGGGCAGCCAGCUCUAGGAAGAGUCUUGGUAGUUCCAAGCUUCUUCCAUUUAAUAAUUAUGGAGGCCACUGUGUUCUUGGGGAUCUUCAAUGCUGCAGAAAUGUUUUGGUAUCCUUCCCCAGAUCUGUGCCUCGACACAAUCCUGUCUAGGAGCUCCAAGGACAAUUCCUUAGACCUCAUUGCUUGGUUUUUGCUCUGACAUGCACUGUCAACUGUGGGACCUCAUAUAGACAGGUGUGUACCUUUCCAAAUCAUGUCCAAUCAAUUGAAUUUACCACAGGUGGACUCCAAUCAAGUUGUAGAAACACCUCAAGAAUGAUCAAUGGAAACAGUAUGCACCUGAGCACAAUUUUGAGUCUCAUAGAAAAGGGUCUGAACACUUAUGUAAAUUGCUAUUUCCAAUAACCUGUAUUUGAUUUGUCAUUAUGGGAUAUUGUGUGUAGAUUGAGACAUAUAUAUAUAUAUAUAUAUUACACAUUUUAGAAUAGGGCUGGAUUGUAAAAAAAUGUGGAAAAAAUCAAGGAGUUUGAAUACUUUAUGAAUGCACUGUAUAUGGCUAAUUAAGCAGCUUAUAUAUAGCUCAGACUAGCAAAGGAAAGCAGCGCCACCGAUGAAAGGAGAAACUAGUAUUCAAACCUGAGUUAGUAAGUAGUUUGUCUUUGGUAGAGCGUGUGCGGCUCACCUUGCUCACUCCAACAGACAGAUAAACAAACAGUUCAUUUUGAGUUUUUUUUCAUGAUACUAACAAAGUUAUAUAACUACUAAUAUAAUGUGUUACUUUCCACACAAAGUGUAAAGUAACAUGUUAAUCUAGCUACUUAAAGUACUAUAUUGCAUUUUAACAUCUCAACACUGCAUACAUGUUACUGAGAACAUUGUAUGCAUGUGAUUCUUCUCGUGACUUUUUCUAGACAUACACUUCAUUUUAUAGUAAUGUUUUCUUGGGGUACACUACAUAGCAAGUUUGCGCACUACUUCGAAGCACACUUCUGCACUUAAGUUGCGGUCCCUUCACUUGUGAAAGAUGCCAAAUGCACCUGAAGAUCUUACAUGUCUGAUAGAGCUCAGUUACACAUGCAGAGACACAUGCUAUAGAGCAUAUCCACCUAUGCGUGCAUACACAAAAUGCACUGUUUCUAUAUAUGAAACAAAUAUGACAACACAGUAUUUAUAUUAUUGCACCCCACAAAUAUGCACAAACAGAGCUUUUAGCCAGAAUGUGUUGUUUUACAACUGUAAAUUGUGGUUUAAGAGGAGAUAACAUAUGAUGGGAAUAGAGAGCUGAAGCAUCUGAAUGGCGAUUUUGUACAGUUCUGGAAAAAAAUAAACAUACAAAAUAAUUGUGAAUUGCUGAAAUACAAAUACUUGAGGGAAAGUAAGUAGGGUUGGAGACCUGCUCUAUAUUUAUUUAUAAAUGUGUGUAUUCAAUUCAGACAUUUUGGCUAUGCUUAUUAUUCCAUAAGCCUACAAAAUUCUAUUUGAUUAAAUGAAAGCAGUCAGAAACCACAUUUUAUCAGUAGAUAAAUAUUCUGAACUUUCAGGUGCAUGAAAAAUGUGCAAGAGAUGGGAAAGUAAGAGGGGGUGAAAUAAAAUGUACGAUUGAGAUAGGGACUUGGCUAAGCCUUUUUCCAUUGUAUUGUGAAUAUUUUGUUUAGAAGCCUCAAUACAACAGUUUGUGUUCCAGAUAUUACUCAUGUUUUUCUGUUAACAACAUCUGGUUAUGAACUGAAAAUGAGAUUUCAAGCAACAAUAUCUGUGUAUACAGUGAAAUUUGAUGGUCAUGUAGGUAAGCAUGGACAACACACCUACUGAACAAUGUAAAGUUGUAAACUGUACAAAUGAAAUACACUACAGGGCCAAGAGUAUGUGGACAAGCCUUCAAAUUAGUGGAUUUGGCUAUUUCAGGUACACUUGUUGCGGACACAGCCAUGCAAUGUACAUAACAAACAUUGCCAGUAGAAUGGCUUUACUGAAGAGCUCAGUGACUUUCAAUGUGACACAGUCAAAGGAUGCCACCUUUCCAACAAGUCAGUUCAUCAAAUUUCUGCCCUUCUAGAGCUGCCCCGGUCAACUGUAAGUGCUGUUAUUGUGAAGUGGAACGUCUAGGAGCAACAACGGCUCAGUCGUGAAGUGGUAGGCCACACAAGCUCACAGAAUGGAACCGCUGAGUGCUUGAGUGCGUAAAAAUUGUCUGUCUUCGGUUGCAACAUUCACUGCUGAGUUCCAAACUGCCUCUGGACGCAACUUCAGCACAAGAACUGUUCGUCGGGAGAUUCAUGAAAUGGGUUUCCAUGGCCGAGCAGCCGCACACAAGCCAAAGUCAAGCGUUGGCUGUAGCUUGCUGCCAUUGGACUCCGGAGCAGAGGAAACGCGUUCUCUGGAGUGAUGAAUCACACUAUACCAUCUGGCAGUCCAACAGACAAAUUCGGGUUUGGCGGAUGACAGGAGAACGCUACCUAUCUGAAUGCAUAGUGCCAACUGUAAAGUUUGGUGGAGGAGGAAUAAUGGUCUGGGGCUGUUUUUCAUGGUCCAGGCUAGGCCCUUUAGUUCCAGUGAAGGGGGAACUUAACGCUACACCAUACACUGACAUUCUAGACAAUACUGUGCUUCUAACUUUGUGGCAACAGAUUGGAGAAGGCCCUUUCCUGUUUCAGCAUGACAAUUCCCCUUUGCAGAAAGCGAGGUCCAUACAGAAAUGGUUUGUUGAGAUCGGUGUGGAAGAACUUGACUGGCCUGCACAGAGCCCUGACCUCAACCCCAUCGAACACCUUUGAGAUGAAUUGGAACGCCGACUGCGAGCCAAGCCUAAUCGCCCAACAUCAGUGCCCGACCUCCUUAAUGCUCUUGUGGCUGAAUGGACGCAAGUCCCUUCAGCAAUGUUUCUACAUGUAGUGGAAAGCCUUCCCAGAAGAGUGGAGGCUGUUAUAGCAGCAAAGGGGGGACCAACUCCAUAUUAAUGCUUGUGAUUUUGGAAUGCAAUGUUCGACGAGCAGGUCUCCACAUACUUUUGGUCAUGUAGUGUGUAAUCCAUGUACACUUUUUAUUUUGAAGAGAAUAAGGAUAAUGGACUGUAGAGUACAUAACAGUAGUAUUGACAAUGUGAGUCUGACUGCAGACUUUACCUUGUCAAUUAUAAACUUUUUGGAUCUUCAUCAACAGUACAACUUUUCUGGAUAUUCUCGUGUGAACUAACCAGUUGUAUGACGUUGUAAUGUCCUUGACUUGUAUGGAUGUUUUAUUUCUUUUUCAAUGAAGACUGAAAUCUGCAAAGGU